CCUCGGGGCAUUCAACAUAACGUGCGCAGCCUCAAGCCAGUCUAAAAGUUGCCAGGCUUAUAUCAAAGGUGCAACACGAUGAAGAAUGGUAGCCAAAAUCCUCAGAAAGAUAAGGAGGAAUUAGCCGAAGGCGAGCAUCGAUCGAGGGAUUUCUCCCCGCCGAGCAGCGACACGGAAGCUGACGCUCGUCCUUUGUCUGAAGAUGGCACCAAAAGCUCCUCCAAUCUGCCAGCGGAUUCUCCUGGAACUUUAUCCACUGCCCCUGAAGCGUCUGCGGCAUCUUUGAGAUUAAAGCAACUCGAGCAAGAUGUCGUCUCGAAGACAUAUAACAGGGGUAACGCCAAACCCUCCCAGCCUGGCGCCGUCGCUGAAGGCGGUGCGUCCAAUCUUUCGCGACUGGAACAAGAAAUCGCCGCCAAGACACGAGGCACCGAUCGAUCGUCUAGUGGAGGGUCUGUCGGUCUGAUUCAACUGGAACAAGACGUUGCUGCCAAGGCGCGUGGCAGGAACACUACCGCUGCCACUAGACCGGGUGCAGCACCUUCGGGCGCAGCUGGCCUCUUGGAACUGGAGCGUGACGUCAUUGCCAAGUCGGUGCGUAAUUCGAAUACUUCGCAGCCUGGAGCUGUGAGUGAAUUGGAUGUAGUGAAUGGUGUGGGCGUGACAUCCGCCUCGACAGCUUUGAAUCAGCUAGAGCGGGACGUCAUAGCCAAGUCGAAGUCGUAUGAUGCACGAUCGAGCGCCAGCGUCGGCCUGCACCAGUUUGAGAACGAUAUUUUGGCAAAGAACCAGGUACGUCUACCAAAGGAGGCUAGUGCGAGUGCCGCCCAGUCGUUAGUUCAAAUGGAGAACAAUCUAGCGGCUAAGCUGAGUGCUUCGGGAGCGGCUGUCUCGCCUAGUAAUUUCACUUACUCGGGGAAAACGGACACACGCUCCAGGGCACUGAUGGCUCCAAACGCGCUGACGGCGAUGCAGCAGCUGGAGCACCAAAUUGCGCAAAAAUCAGAAGCGACUGGCGGUACCACCCCUCCCCCCGUUGGAGUCCUUAGCUCCGCUGUCCGAGGACCAAGUGUUCCAUCUACAGGAAGCGGUCGUCCACUUCGAGCUGAGUUUACUCCUGAUUUUUCAGCCUACGAUAUCCCCCCUCCAUUUUCUUAUGAAUCACAUCCCGUAGGAGAACACGCACCACCGGAUAUCCACGGCUUUCAUGGCACACAGUAUAGCCAAGAUAUUCCUGGUGCAGAAUCAGGCGGUAUUGAAGCAUUCGUUGCUGACAACGUCGUCGAAGCAGUGGGCGUUGCGGUCAUCAUGAGCGAAGAAGAGGAGGAGGCGGUUGGCCGCAAGCGUCGGAAAAGGUACCUUUGUUUCGGUGCACUCUUCUUGUUGUUACUGGUUGUUGCGAUUGUGGUAACAGUGGUUAUCAUUACGGGUCGGUCUAGUACUACUGUCCUAGAUUUGCCCCCCACUGCAGCACCGUCGAGCGCUCCGUCUUCGGCACCGUCAUUUGCCCCCACAACGGAUGGUGUACAGGCUUUGAUCUCGUGUCUGACGCCUGCAACAAGCAUCGAAACUUUUCAAGACCGUGCAUCGGCGCAAUAUCGAGCUGUCGAGUGGUUGACAAACACGGAUCCGUUUGUGCAGAUCAAUGGGCUUCAAUGUGACAGCCCCAAAUUUUUGCAGAGAUACGCAUUGGCGACCUUUUACUUCGCCCUUUCAGGAGAAGAAUGGGAAAUCUGUGGCCUUCAAAAUCCCGAAUGUACCAGCGACCCAGCUGACUUUGGAUGGCUCUCUACUCAAGACGAAUGCAAUUGGUACAAGGUUAGAUGCAACACUCUAGACAUGGUGGAAUCCAUCAAUUUCGCGGACAAUACCGCGGUCGAACGGGCACUGACGAUCCUGAAGGGUGCCAUUCCGAAGGAACUGCAGUACUUGACGGACAUGGUUCAAUUUGUUGUCGCCGACAUGCAGAUUGAAGAUUCCAUUCAGGAUAGUUUUUCUACUUGGUUGAAACUAGAGCGUCUGAUCUUGAGCAGAAACAAUUUUACGUCGAGCAUCCCAGACGAUAUUGCUAUCACUAAUCCGCUCUUGUCUGAUUUCCAAGUAAGUGACAACCAGCUUUCGGGUCGUCUUCCAGAUGGAUUGGUCAGCUUAUCAUUACAGGAUUUGAGACUGGAUGGCAAUAGAUUCACAGGAAGUCUACCAUCAUCUUUUGGGGAGAAUUCCGAAAGGUUGAACAACCUCGCAGUACAAAGGAAUCAAUUGGGUGGUCCUCUCCCCAGUUUGCUCUGGACGCUUCCAAACCUUAGAACCCUUGAUCUCAGUGAAAAUGCUUUCAGUGGUGAGGUACCGACCACGAUUGGAUUGAUGCAGAACUUACGCGUACUUCGUUUGCAUAGCACGCAGCUCGGAGGAGAAUUGCCAGCUGAGUUCUUUGGUAUUCCCAAUUUUUCGACACUAAACAUUGCCAAUUGUCGCUUCCGCGGAGCUCUUUCGGAGAACUUUAUCAAUUUUAACCAAACACUACAGGAAGUGAUCGUAGCGUUCAAUAACUUUACCGGUCCUAUACCCGUUGAAGCAUUCGAAGCCGCUCAAUUUCUUGAGGAGCUUAACCUACAGGGAAACCAGCUUUCAGGCGUUAUAUCCGAAGCACUGUGCAAUACAAGGGGAACGGCUUUUGGCCAACUAGCCUUUCUAAUUGUUGACUGCAACAUUGAUUGCAAUUGUUGUGAUCCGGUGUCGGAUUGUGGCUGAUGGUGCGACCUACCGUCGCUUUGACACAUGUUUAUGAUGAU